AUGUACCUCAAACCACGAGUCUCGGUUUUGAAGCCUUUGGAGAUGACAGCGGUUCUGAGCUUCAACGAUCCCGGAGGAAAGGUGGUCAAACCAGUUGCUCUUCGACCUCAAGCAUGCCUGGAUAACCACUCCGUAGUGAGCGGCCUGGCUACCCUCCCCAAGCCACUAAACAGGCAUUGGGCGACAUUGGUUCGAGAUCGUGUUCAGGAAGAGAACUCCUACUACCUGCCGGUGUCGAUCACAUCUAGAUGCCAGGCACCAACGUUACAGCAGGCAAUGACCUUCUCGGGCUCUGCACUUGCCGGUAACAGCAGGAUUCCACAGUCCAUGCGAGACACACAGGUUGCCAUGUCUGAGCAGCCUUGGCUUGAUGACCUCGUCCUGUUAUUGCUUCUGGCACGCCUCCCAACAGCCACCGCUGAGGGGCCGGGCUCAACUGCAGCCUCCGAAGCAUCGGAAGGAGAAGGCAGAGGUGGCGCGAUUCACAAGGGAGCAACUGUUAAGUCAGACUACAUGACCAGCAGCACACGUCGAGUCGAGAGGUGCAGAUCUGGGGCUGGCGGAGGAGAAAGAGGAGUGAAGGAGGUGAGGAUUCGAGACGUGGCGGGGAAGGAUGCUGUAGCUGGCAAUGUUAGCUGUUCUUUAGCACUCGAAAAAGCUGGUUCAGGAAGAGGCUCUCAAGUUGCUAAUCUGGCCGCUGGGCGACCGCGACCAAGGCCAAAUACAGGGCUAAGCAUAGUCCUGCUAUGGAAGCUGGCAAAGAGAUGGCGAUGA